AUGUGGACAAACAUUCUAAUUCCAACGAUAUAUACGUUGGUCGCGCUACCAGCCGUUGUACUGAAUACCAUCGUAAUGUACGUCUUACUAACUGGUCAAUUCAUUCAGCGAAAAAAGUUCCAAGGAGUCUUCGUCAUUAGUAUAUCAGAGUUGUUAGCGGAUACGGUAUUCUUGCUUACGUUCCUUAUAGGUGGAGUACCACUGUUCUAUGCGCAGGCUAUGGUUAUAUCGACAUCGCUCGACAGAAUACUCGCUUAUAUAGCUGGUAUCGCAUGGCUUGUUUCAUGCUUAACCAAGGCUUCAAUGGCGUUGAACCGGUUUAGUUCAUAUCAUUCCCGGUUCAUUUUUCUUAUGAAACAAUAG